GCGCGCACGGGCCCCUGCUGUGCGCGCGCCCGCCGCCCGCCACCCGCCGCCUGCGGAGCCCCUCGGCCCACUCCGCCCUCCGGGUCGUGGCGCCCGUCCCUCCUCUGCUCUCUCGUCGCCGCCCGGACAGGGGCUCCGAGCCGAGCCGGGGCAGGGGCGGGAGCCGCGGGACGAGCGCCUGAGGUGCCGUGGAGAAGCCAUGGAGCUGAGCAGCAAGAAGAAACUUCACGCCCUGUCCCUGGCCGAGAAGAUCCAGGUGCUGGAACUCCUGGAUGAGUCCAAGAUGUCCCAGUCGGAGGUGGCCCGGCGCUUCCAAGUCUCCCAGCCCCAGAUCUCGCGCAUCUGCAAGAAUAAGGAGAAGCUGCUGGCAGACUGGUGCAGCGGCACCGCCAACCGGGAGCGCAAGCGCAAGCGGGAGUCCAAGUACAGCGGGAUUGACGAGGCCCUGCUCUGCUGGUACCACAUUGCCCGGGCCAAGGCCUGGGACGUCACGGGGCCCAUGCUGCUCCACAAAGCCAAGGAACUGGCCGACAUCAUGGGCCAGGAUUUUGUACCCAGCAUCGGCUGGCUGGUCCGCUGGAAGCGCCGUAAUAAUGUAGGCUUCGGGGCCCGCCAUGUACUGGCCGCCUCCUUCCCCCCUGAGCCACCUCCCCCGGGCCCCACGUCCCGGGCCCAGCCUCCUCUUUCUCUUGAAGACUUCUCCCCAGAGGACGUUUUUGGCUGUGCCGAAGUGCCUCUGCUGUACCGGGCCGUGCCCGGCAGGGGGGGUGCCUGUGAUCGCGUGCGGGUGCUGCUGUGUGCCAACAGCAGAGGCACAGAGAAGCGGCGGGUGCUGGUCAGCGGGCUCCGGGCCGCGCCCAGGUGCUUCUUCGGAGUCAGCAGCGAGGCUCUGCCUGCCUCCUACCACCCUGACCUGGGCAUCCCCUGGUCCGAGUGGCUGGCGCAGUUUGACCGGGACAUGGGCCAGCAGGGCCGGCAGGUCACCCUGCUGCUGGCCGCCCGGGUGCUCGAGGAGCUGGCAAGCCUGCCCGGACUCUGCCACGUGAGGCUCCUGCCUCUGUCCGCCGCCGCCGCCGCCGCUGCCGGCAGCACGCCGGCCCUGCCCGGCUCCGUGGUCCGGGCCUUUAAGACCCAUUACCGGCACCGUCUGCUGGGCAAGCUGGCCGCCGUCCAGAGCAAGAGGGCCGGCAUCUCGCUGGCCGAGGCGGGGGCAGGCAUCACGGUGCUGGAUGCUCUGCACAUGGCGGCGGCGGCCUGGGCCAAGGUGCCCCCCCAGCUCAUCGUCAGCAGCUUUGUUCAGGAAGGGCUGGCUCCCUGCAAGAUGCCCCUGUGCCCGGACGAAGCCUCCCAGAUGCCGCCAGUCCCCAGCGGGCUGAGCCUCCAGGAGUUUGCCCGCUUUGUGGACCUGGAGGGCGAGGAGCCCGCGUCUGGAGCGUGCAAAGAGGAGACGGGCUCUGAGGACGGGCAGGGGGCCCUAGAGGACGGCUUCCAGCCCCCGCCCACCAAAGCCGAUGCCCUCCGGGCUCUGGGCACGCUGAGAAGGUGGCUGGAGUGCAACAGUACCUCCCCUGAGCUAUUUGAAAAAUUCUACGCCUGUGAAGAGGAGGUGGAGAGGCUCUGCUGCCUGUAAAGGGCCGCUUGCUGCUCCCCGCUCGCCACUCGCUCGCUCGCCAGCGCCUCUCCUCUCCUGUUUCCCAUGGAAACGCCCUCUCCAGGGAGGCCGACUGGAGGCUGGCCUCUUUCCCGUGGAAAUGGAGCUCUUGUGAAAGGUGUAGAAGGGAGACAAGCUAGGAGACCCAGGCUAAGCUCUGAGAGAAAGUUGUCCAAGCCUUGCGAAGAGGGGUCUAAAGAUGGGGCGCGAGCUAGCGCGGAGUUUCCGAACCUCUAGGGAGGCUGGGACUUGGGAAGGUGGAAUUGGGGCUUUACAGACAGGCCGAUCCCUCGAACUCUGUGUUUGAAACAGUUCUGCUUCUGGAAAUAAAGUUUUUAAUCAGAA